AUCGAACUGCCCUCUUUGACCAGAACAUUUUUAUGAAUGAUUAUUGAUUAAUCAGCAGUUUGCCUGCUACGGAAACUGUAUUAAUUCUUUCUGGAAGUGAUUCAACUGAACAGAAUGGUGAUAAAGAAGCAUAUAAAUAUGGGUGAUACCCAAAAAAGCAAUUGGUAGUAUCUGGUGGUAUACUCGAGUACUAGCAAGUAGUGAGCUGUAGCGCCAGUCAUGAAAGUAGUAGCAGUACCUCAACUGCUGCUACUGACAGCGGCAGCUGUUAGUGCCGCUCCACCACUUUCAAACCAUGAGAGGUCCAUCUGCGCACAUCGUGCUAGUCAAGCUAAUCCGAUGGAACUGAGGCAAGAUGAUCCGGACCGACUGAUCUUGGACUACAGUGAGAACUUGGAUCAUAAUUCAGAUCGCGAACUUAAGUUAGAAGAAAACGGGGAACAACGCUACCACCACAUCAAUAGAGCUGGCUACGUUGGUUUCUUGCAACCGGAUUACAAUGAUGAUCUCUACAAGUACGAAGACAACAGGCCGCUCAGUGUUCCCUGUCAUAAGCACACCGGUCAAACGUUCAACCCAUUCGGCGACCAGGACGGGCCACUUUUUGAGCACGAGAUGGUCCACAAACGGCAGGCUGAAUUUAGCUCAACGAUCGCCAGUUCCCAGCUUGAUGUACUUGAUCCAGUUGACAAGGUAUACGACGCCCCUGUGCCAGAGCUCAAAGGCGGCGUGAGAAAACGAGCUGCUGAGGAGAAAACAACACCUGAAAAAGAAGAUGGAAUUAAAUAUGUUCCACCGCCAGAAGAUAUGCCAGUUUCGGAAGACCAAGAGCAAACUACAGCUAACCCAGAAGAAAGUGGAGCCCACGAAACGCGAUCACCAGGUGUUGAUGAUCCUAAAAGAGCAGAUUCCGUGAGCAAACCAAAUGAGAAAGAUGUUCGCAAAAAACGGAGUGCAGUAGACUCAGAACCUGCUCCCCAAGAACAUGCAAGUGGUGAAGAGCAAGCCGCCAAGUCUGGAGAAAGUAACGACGAACCCAAGUCUGAAGAUGCGGCACCUGAGGGUGAUCCCAAGAAAGGAGGCGUUCGCAAACGCUCAACGGAAAACGAGACGCAUCAUACUGAAGAGAAAGAUGUUGGUAUCGAUAAGUCUUUUCAGAAGGAUGCUGCUAAUCGGUCUGCAGGACAAGACGAUGAGGCUCAGGCAAAAUUAGCUGCAUCUGAGCCAAAAGUACCUGAGGGCGAUGAGACUUCUACUCAAGGCGAUGAAGCCUCCGCUACAACUGAAGCAAGCACUGAAGAGAGCGUAACCGUAUCAGAAGUUCCUAAGGAAAAGCGUUCAGCAGAACAAGAUGAUGUCAAUGGCGAUGAUCCAGAAACGACUACUGAAUCAAAGAAGGAAUAUGCUCGUAGGCGACGAUCCGCUGAAGAUGAUCAGACCUCCACACUUUCUGAUGAAAGUGCUACAUCAGCUCCCAAACAAAACCGAUCUCCAGAAACUUACCAGGAUCCCGAAAAAGAUUCUUCUGAAUCUACUGUAGAGCCAGAGAAAGAAAGUAGGCGUAGGAGACGCUAUUCCGAAGAUCAAGAAGACCCCACAGACAGCAAAGCGGGCUCUGAAGAUGAAAGUGGGUCUGUGACAUCAGUUCCUAAGGAAAAACGAUUUGCUGAACACCAAGAGCCUCAUGACGAUGUCAAAGAAGAUGCUCCCGAAUCUUCUACGACUGAACCAGCGGCACCCGAAACAAAGAAAGAAGAAACUCAUACAAGACAAGCUGUUCAAGAGGAUCUACAAGCUUCUGAAGGUGCAGCUACAACAUUGGUCCCUAAAGAGAAACGUUCCGCAGAAAAUGAAGAUGUUCCCGAGACGUCUACCCCCGAAGCAAUGGAAGGAUCAACGAAAAAAUGUGUUCGUAGAAGGCGAGAUGCUGCUGAUAAGGAAUCUUCUAUUUCUCCAAGCUCUGAUAAGGAUGCGCUUACUUCAGCACCCAAAGACGAGCAGUUCACCGAACACGAAGAUACUCACGAAGCAGCCGGGAAAAAUGCUCCGCGACAGGAUACGGACGAUGGCGAGAAUGUAGAGUUAGGCAAAGGAAGUACCAAUGAGGAGGAUUCUACGAAGCCUAUCGAGAAGAAGGCGAGACGAGCCGCUCAGGACAGCAGUGAAGAACAGGUAUUUUUAUGACUAUAUUCUUCGAAUAGUCAAGCGAAUUAAGAUCAAGUGUAAAGGUAUUCCCGGGAUAUUAAGCUACAGCCUAACUCUGCCAUGUACAAAAUACUGCUUUUAAGAGGUUUAAAUUAAAUUAAAGGGCUAGGAUGUGAUCCGUUGUUGAAUCAAGUAAUGGCGAUUUACAGGUUAAACAUGUGUCAUUUAUACAGGCCAGUACAAAACUAAUCUAGCGUGAGUUAGGUUCUUAAGUGUACAAUUUCGUGUUUCCAGGCUAUAAAACAAUUUGAAGUUAGCUAUAGCAGAUACAUGUUUUUGCUUAAUGCAAUUCUAAUAAUAUUUAAUGCUCUCAAGGUGCUAUAUGCUGAGGACACCAAGACAGGUGGAGACAGAAAACGUUCUCCAAUGUAUAAUGUAGAGGCUCUGGAGACGGAAGGGCCUUGUUGCAAAGGAAUGCAUGAUUUUCGUAAUAGACGUACACAAAAAGAUUUAACACGUAGGCGUAGAAGCUUCGAAAUGUUUAAGAAACCUGUUGAGGUAAUUGGAAGUGGAUUCAGUUGGAUUAAGGAAAAGUUAACCCCGAAAAGGUAAAAAUAACUCUUUGCAUAAUAGUGACAUGGUUUUUGGGUUGACUAUUGUUUCGUCAAAUCUGCAUUUUGCACCCAAAGGUAUAGUGUUUGAUAUACAGCGUUUUCAUUUUAAAACUUCUCACCAAGGAAUUAUUGAAAACCGCUGAUUGAAAUAAAAAACGCCUAGACAUCUCAAAAGAUUUGUCAAGGGGGACAACUUUUUAACCAAAAACUGCUUCACUUCCUUUCACCCUCUGCUCCCCAGGGUCAUCCCCUUACAAUUUUUAAUGACAUGAGGUCCCGCUAAUAGCUCCUUUGCACGAACUGUCAAAGACCUUCAUUUUGCCGUUUGAUUUUUUGAAAUCGGACUAUUUUCACUUUUUAUUUAAGUGUUUAAAAUGUUGCCUAGUAUUGGCCAAAUAAUGAUAUAGGCGAUGUUCAAAUUCCUGACGGGCAGCAUUU